GUCUUUUGAAACGUCCGUCGCGUAUAAGCGUCCGACAAGAAACAAGAGCCGUGUGUUUGAUUGUAGGCUAAUUUAGCGCUCUUGAACCGUCAAACAUAAAUACAGUGGAUUUGUUUGUUUGCUGGUAAAUGGACGGUGUGCCUUGUCUUCGUGUGUCGCAGUGUCACGCACAGCAGUUCAGGAAGUAUCUACAGUCUAAAGGAGCUCUGGACCUGAAUUUAUGUUUACUGAAGGACUCAGAUGGGACUGUCCUGUUGCCCAUUUUACCUUCCUGUCUGCCAGAACUUGAUCUGCAAUCUCUCAAAUCCAUGGUGGCGUCAGACAGUGCUUGUCAAAUAGUUUGGAGUCAGUGUCCUCUGCAGUCAAAGAAGAAGAAUGGACAGACGAGUGGUAAUAAACUAGAGAAAAUCCUCCAGGAGCUGUGUGAAUCUCAUGGUGAAACAUGGACAGAGGACGUGAGGGGGGACCUCCCUCGCAGCUUCCAGAGGCAUGGAGACCUAGUCCUGCUGGGAGACAACUGCUUCUCCCUGCAACUGUGGAAGAAAAUGGAUGAAGAGCUAUGGAGUGUAGUGGCUGACGGUUUGGGGGCAAAGCGGCUGGCAAAGAUGAGUCGAAUAUCCAGGGAUGGAUUUAGGUCUCCCGUGGUGACAGUGUUGUUAGGAGAGCACAGCUGGGUCAAACAUGUAGACAAUAGGAUUAGGUAUGAGUUUGACGUCACUAAAUGCAUGUUCUCAGCUGGAAACAUCACAGAGAAGCUGCGGGUGGCUGGAUUUGACUGCAGAGGGGAGACUGUGGUGGAUCUGUACGCAGGUAUUGGAUACUUCACUCUGCCGUAUCUGGUCCACGCGGGGGCAAGCCACGUUCACGCCUGUGAGUGGAACCCUGCUGCAGUUGAAGCUCUACAGAAAAACCUCAUGGCAAACGGGGUGUCUGACCGCUGCACUGUUCACCAAGGAGACAACCGACAACUCCAGCUGUGUGACAUUGCCAAUAGAGUGAACCUGGGUCUCAUACCAAGCUCUGAGGACGGGUGGCCUGUCGCCUGUCGACUGCUGAAGAGAACAACGGGAGGCAUUCUGCACAUUCACCAGAAUGUUACCUCAGUGUUACCGAGCACGGCAGCCAUUCCAGUAAUCAAUGAUGCCACCUCCAGGGCUUCUGGGAAGACAGCUGACAGAGAGGCGUGGCAGGCCUGGGCCGAUGACACAGCAAACCGCAUCGCCUCUCUUUUAAAGGACAUCACUGAUGCACGGUGGAUAACAAACAUCCAGCAUAUUGAACAUGUGAAGUCAUACGCUCCUCAUGUUCAUCAUAUUGUGCUGGACUUGGAGUGCAGACCGUCAUGAGCUGAGGAGAUAAACGCAGAUACUGAGUGAACACUGUGACAUUCAACAUUUAAUGUGCCGCAGUCUAGAGAAGAAAUAGACGAGUGUACGGUCCAGAAGUUUCCACUGCAGCCAGCUGGUCACUGAUUAUUUCAUCUGUAAGGUAGUGACAUCAGCAGCUGCUGUGUUUCUAUAAACAUUUGUUUAUCCAGGGCAAGUUCACCAACCACUAAUACUGUGUUUAUUUUACAGAAACACCCUGCCUCACACUCAUGCAAAUGUAAUCCCAUCUGUAAGCACACAAGCUUUGCCACAGUCACAACCUUACCUGUUGGCUGCUGGAUAACAGUAGUGGGUUAAGGUGCCUUGCUCAACGGCACCUUGUUGUUGUGUUAUACUCACUUAAUUUCCCUGCUGUGUUUGAUCACCAGAUCUCUUGUGGCUGGCUGAAAUGAAAAGCUGUAGACGUAGACGUGACUCACGUCACAUCAGUGUGCUGGUAAUUACAGGAACACCCAAACAUAUAAAACUUCAAUAUUAUGACUUGUACUGCCACAGGGUUCAUUAUGUGCAGUGAAUUACAGGUCAACCUCUACAAGAUUUUUUUAUGUUACUGCUCUGCCAUGCCAGUAUAUGUUUGGAACUUCAGGAGGAAACAGCUCAUUUUUGCAAAAACAUUUGUAAAUACUACAUGACAGUUUCACAUCUGAGUGACAGAAAGGUGUGAAAAUAAAGAAAAGGUUGAAUAAAUAGGUGGAGAAACAGAA